CGCCCGUGCCUGCAGCGUGGAACGUUUAUUGUCGCGCUCCGCGAUGCCGAUAAUAAGAAUAAACUAGCAUUUCACUUCAAUAAACAAACCAAACUGCCCAUAAAUAGCUUUGUUUGCAGCCAGUUCGAUUAAUAGCGUUAAAUUAUUCCGAUAAACUACUUGUCAAGAUGUCUGAGAAGAAAGAGCUUCGUAUAGUGACUUAUAUGUGCCCCACGCACCCGGUGCAACUUUACGAGUUGAUUUUGGAGUUGCUGGAGAAUGCGUUGAACUGCUACACAACGUUGCAGUAUGAAAGCCGGAGUCCCGGGCCUUUUCCGGACCGCCCGGAUCCUUUCAGCACCAAUAAAGUGGAUAUAGCGUUCAUGACGGCGGCGGCGUACAUGCGGCUCCGGGAGACGGUCGCGUCGGCGGUGCAGCUCCUGUCCGUCACGCCCGUGUUCGCGCACCAGAUGAACGUCGAGAACAAGCCCGGCUACUUCUCUGACGUCAUCAUACACCGCGACAAGAAAGCGCAUAACGUAAUUACGCUGCUGGACCUCCGCGGGUGCACCUUCGCGUACAGCAACGAGGACUCACUCAGCGGCAGCAAACUCGUGCUUAAGACUCUUAAGGAAAAAGGAGAGAAUGCCUCUUUUUUCGGAUCAUUACUAAGAUCUGGGUCACAUUUGGCAUCAGCCCAAAUGGUGUUAACGAAGCAAGCUGAAUGGGCCGCCGUUGAUUCAACAACUCUGCUCUACUCCAAAAAGUUCAUGCAUGAUGGUGGGAAGGACAUCAUAACUCUCGAGACCUUGGGACGCCUGCCGCCAUACCCUGUAGUAGUAAAUGCGCAACUUCCAGAUCAUUUAAAAAAUGCUAUAACCGACGCUUUGCUGACCUUGCCACAAACUGUUCCGUGGAAAGAGAGAUUCGCUAAGUUUGGCGUCAUCAAGUUCUCGGCCAACAGCGAUGGCGCCUACGAUGGGGCGGCUGCACAGGUGCGGGCCAUCUCGAGCGAAAAACUCAACGUUCGGUAUUAUUAGAGUACUCCUAGUCAUUUCUUUAAUGUACGUUCUUUAUAUUCUCUAUGUGGAUUACACACCUAAACAGUCAUAGGUGCUUAAUCAAAAAUGCCAUUCUCAGUAAUAAAUACAAUUUUAUAUUUUUUCAAUAAAAUGAUUAUGUUCAACUUGAA